AUGCUACCAACACGGUUUACACCCAACAUAUUGGUUACUGGUACUCCUGGCUGCGGCAAAACCAGUACGUGCGAGCUUCUGCAGAGACAUUUGAAAAAUUCUCAAUAUUAUAACAUUAGCGACUUCGCUCAAGAGAAAAAGUGCUAUGAUGGGUAUGAUGAAGCUAGGAAAUCUCACAUUGUCGAUGAGGAUAAACUUCUGGACGAACUAGAGCCCUUGCUAAGAGAAGGCGGUGCCAUAAUCGAUUGGCAUGUGAACGACGUUUUCCCCGAGAGACUGAUAGAUUUGGUGGUUGUCUUGAGAUGUGACAACUCGAUCUUGUAUGAUAGGCUAUCUCAACGUAAAUAUCACGAGGCAAAAAUCCAGGAAAACUUGGAUGCUGAGAUCAUGGGUGUGGUUUCGCAGGAUGCCUUCGAUUCGUAUGCGCAAGAGAUUGUGGUUGAAUUGCAAAGUGAUUCUACUGGGGAUUUAGAGCAAAAUGUGGACAGAGUUGUUGCGUGGACAGAAUCGUGGCUAAAGCAGCAUCCCAAGGGCGUGACUAAUGAAUUAGAAGGCGGAAGUGAAGAGGAAGAUGAGGAAGACGAUGAGGAUGGCGAAGCUCAAAUUUCAGAGAACGCAAGUGAAUCCGAGUAG